UUCGCGGUCAUUUCAGUCGGCCGCAUUGGCCCUGUCCGACAUGAAACCCCUUAGAUUGAAAUGGAUAUUCUUUGGGCUUUCCAUCAUCUCCGAUGCUGGAUUAUCUACGGCGGAUACUUUCAUCCUCUGAACACCGUACGCGCUCCGUUUUGGGCCUCUGUGUCGGGAUACUGGCUCCCAUAUCAGGUAGCAACGGGCAAAGCAGGGUUUACUAUACAGAUGGUGCAUGAGCAACUGCCUAGGUCACUGCGGUCUCAUGAAGUUCGUUACGUUCAGCAUCGAUUAAUCAGGGCCUAUCGUGGGCAUCACCCCCGACGAGGUGUCCGUGGCAGAUCCGCAAUCGGUGCAACUCAUCUAGAGAGCAAAAGUGGCUUCACCAAGUACUCGCAUCACCCAGCAGAGCAUACACCUUGGGGAAUGGACCUACGGGCACGACUUAUGUGGUUCUACCCCCACAAUGGAUACGCCGAUGCCGGUGUGUACAGUCCUAGGUAUCCUGCCGAUGUUUCUGGGAUUGUUUCUACCACUGUCGGUGUCCCAAUACCAGCUUUACUACACGGGAAACCCAAAAAAAUCAAAGCUGUUCACUAAACGAUGGCCCAAUUGAAGCCACUAUCUGCCAACCGUGUGCACAACAACAUCUCGUGUGAGGAAGGUAAACAAUAUCUGCAAGUUAAACUUCUCCCAUCACUC